AUGAAGGGCGAACGAGUCAGGUCAACAUUCGGCCUGCUUCUGCAGAGCGGCAGCGCCUUUUCAAGGACAGGACAGAUCCGACAACUUCACAAGACACGGCCUGCGCACCCGAUCCCCAAGCCCCGACCAUUCGUUCCCGAUGUGCCGACCUUCCUCACCCUGAUAGGUCGUGGCCUCAACAAGUACGCCAACAAGUUCCCCUCAUGGAACGCCCUCUUCUCCCUCACCUCGCCAGAACUCAAGGAAUUGGGUAUCGAACCACCCCGAACCCGGAGGUACCUUUUGCAUUGGAUGCAACGAUAUAGAAAGGGCUCUCUGGGCCCUGGCGGAGACUUUGAAUAUGUUAAGGAUGGACAGGCUCUUUUGAAGGUCGCAACACCGCCUCCUUCGGCCCUCAGCGAUACGAAAUGGGUUGUCAAUGUACCCCACGAUUUUACGCCUGAUAAAAAGACCCCUCGAAAGGCUGUUAAGAAAUCUGCGGGUGGAAAAGACACUGGCUCAUAUCUGCUCCGACCAAACGGAUAUCGAGUCGUUGGCCACGAGACGAUUGCCGGACCUUUUGCCCAACCCAUCUCUGGAACGUCAGGAGCUAUUGUGAAGGUUACGGAAGGAAUGUGGGAGGACCGCCAGGGUCGCAAGCUCGACGGUGGUGAGCGCAGAAGGGCCGAGGUCCGAUUCAAGAAGAGGUCAGCAGAGCGAAGAGCCGAGCGUGAGGCCGAGAUGCUGGCCAAUAUGUAA